GAUAACUAUAGAGACAGUUGCGUGUCUCGAAUAUAACUUACAUUUUUUUUAAUAGACAAAAGAAAUCGUGCGUGGAGGUAAUAUAAAAUUGUUUUGUUGGAAAAUGUUAUUGCGAAGACAAUGGAUGCGGAAUUCCUGAGAUACCAGUUCGAGGAUAGACACGAUGGAGUCGUCGUUAAGAAUAAAUUCAAGCUGGGUGUACGCCACAUCCAGAUGACAUACAUGCUCCUAUGCUCGGCGUCGCUCGGAGCGCUGCGCGGGAGCACCGGCGUCGCCAUCUUGGCGGUCACUGACCUCACUAGGCGCAAUGACUCCUAUAUACAGACCCAGGACUGGGACGGCAGGAUCCAGGGGACGAUCCUAUCAUCAUUCCUGUUCGGAUACGCACUGAUGUUGAUUCCAGCCGAGUUGUUCCUGCAAAGAAUCAGUGCUGGGAAGCAUCUGCUGACUGGCGUGCUGAUCAUCAGCGGCGCCUUGGCUGUCGCCAUGCCUACUAUUGUUAAGGAGGGUGGGUGGAUAGCAGCGUGUAACGCCCAGUUGUGGCUGGGCGCAGCUCAAGCAUGUCUAGCCCCUUCCAAUCAGUCGCUGCUCACACGCUUCCUGCCACCUAAUGAGAGGAAUUUCUUUGGGUUUCUGGUACAUUCAGGCUCUCUCUUGGGCAUCCUAAUAGGCCUCCCACUAUCAGGCUUGCUAUCUGAAGCUCGUCUGGGCUGGGAGCUGGUGUACUACUCGCAAGCGAUGCUGGCACUGUCAGUGGCCUGUUUAUGUGCCCUGCUGACUGCCAGCUCGCCUGAACAGCAUCAAGCGAUGGGAGAUACUGAGAAAGAGUUCAUCAGAGAAGCUUUGCAUUGCUACCGUAAGAGAACGAUGCAAGUUCCAUGGCGGAGCAUCCUUAAGACCCCUCAGUUCUGGGCGACGGCCGCUGCUCACGCCGCAAGCAAUGCCGUCUUUAUCUUCUUCUUGUUCUAUGUUCCUGCUUACUUACUUACAUUUGGCACUCUGAAAACUAGCUCAUGGCAGGCAUCGCUACCGUUCGCCGCACUAUGGCUGGUGCGCGUGAGUGCAGCACCGACUGUGGAAUGGUUCUGUCGAGUGCUGCGAGUCACCUUUCGACUCAACCUGACUACUUUUAGAAAACUUGUUAAUGCUAUUGGUGCCUGCGGAGUGGUGGCAACAGUGACAGUGCUACCAAAUCUAUCAACAGAAUGGAGAACUCUAGUUAUAGUCUUCCUAACGACAGCUUUAAGUGCACUAGGUUUCCAAUUUUGUGGAUUUUUGGAUAAUCACAAGGAUAUGAGCGAGAACUACUCCGGCAGUUUGAUGAUGCUGUCCAGAGCAGUGGCCAGUGUGGUUGGGGCACUCGUUCCUAUCGUGGUCGGACUUAUACUUGGAGAUAACAUUAGUGACUCAAAGCGAUGGCACACGGUAUUUCUGACGCUCGCCAGUUUCUACGUGGCCUGCAACUUGGUUUACGCCGUGGCAGGUUCCAGUGGCCGCCAGUAUUGGGACGGUGGUAUUGUUAUAAAGAGCAAGUUUGGCUACCAGAAUGCCAUGAUAGAUACAAAUCAUUUGGAAUUGGAGGAACUUAACCACACAAAGUUAAGCGAACAGAAUCAUAUGGACACUGCAAACACUGAAAUCUAAGCUGAUGUUACUGUAAUGAUCGAAUUUAACCUAUUUUAUAUUCUAAGAUAAUAAAUAAUUGCAUUAUA